AUGCUUCAGAGGGCAGAACGGCGGAGGUGGUGGAGGAGGAAGAGGAGGGGGAGGGGGGGGGGGGAUGCAGGUGGAGACAAGAAAGAGGCGGAAGACGACGAACCCAACACUGGGGAAGGGGUAGAGCAGGGCGGAGGAGAUGGGGGCGAGAGAGAGGCGGAAGAGGAAGCAGGCGAACAAAGCUCAGCAGAGGAAUCAGAGGAGGAAGAGAAACCUACACCUCUGGCUGACACUCCCGAAAAGCUGGACCAGUGGUUCAAAUCUUGGCGGGAAAACACCAGCGCUGUUCUACCUCCAGGCUUUAAGGACGCCUCUUCUAUGGAGGUUGUGGAGAUAGACGAUUGGCCGCCCGUACCCGUGCCUUCGCCGAACCUAGGGGUGGAGGUUCGGGUGGAUCCGAGCCUGGAUCCGAACGCCUGGCGCCCCUACCUCAAAGGGUGUGACAACAGCUUCGGCGAGCUGCACAUGAAAAACGCCACAUAUUGUGACAAGGUGGGGGGCUACAUUGUGAUUCACGUGGAGGACUUGCGGCGUCUGGCGCCCCUCUGGAGCGCCAAGAGCGAGGAGGUGCGGGCAGACGUGGAGCACUACACCAUCAACGCCACGGGGGACGUUCACGGUCAGAGGUGGAUCAGCGAGAUGUAUGGCUACUCCUUUGGAUCAUCUGAUGUGAGUGCCACUGCAUGUAGAUCUGUUUGGAUUACCUAG